UAGCAGCCCGUGGAGGCGGCACGUCAGUGCGUGCGGUAUGAUAUUUUUUUCCAGCUGAUUUUCUUUUCCUUUAGAUUUUCAUCCUUUAAGAAACGGCAGUGCCACAUGAGAAAAAGGGAGUGUCUGUACGCGCAGCUCGAGAGCAAAAUCACUCACGUGUGCUCACUGAACAUACCCCUAUCUGAAAGCCCAUCUCGUGAGACGCAGGUGAAGGGGGCAGCGUCAGGCGCGUCAGUGCGCGCUCACAUCAGAUGGAGUUCUGCUCCGCAGUUCAGCGAGCGCGAGGCAAGGCGAAUUCACCUGCUGGAGCACUGUGAUCAAGCUGCGGGAAAAACGCUUUAAGAAGUUACUAUUUCAAUAAUUAACCGUGAUUUUUGCCGCACAGUGUUGGGAUUAAAAUGAAGGACACGUUUUGUGGGAUUAUUAAACAUGCAGAUACACGAGAGCUUUAGAGAAACAUCUCUGAGAAACCAAGAACACUAGACGAAAGCGAUGCAACUCGCUUCCUUACAGACCUCGCGACAAAACAGCUCCGAUUGAUUUUUUCUUUUGGGAUAUAUUCGCGAAAGGAUUACGAAGAUUGCUUUAGCAAAACCUUCGAAUUUGUUAAGAAAUAACAAAAUGAGCAGUCGCACAUAAGUGAGCCAACUACAGUGAAGAUUUUAGAGUUAAAACAGCAGACAAAGGUAAUAUGCGCUGUUUUCCCUCCAGACAAAUCGUUCGCAUUCUGUUUCAAACUUAAGGAGUAUUCACCAUCGGAAAAAAUGGAAAGAAGAUCAACGGAUAACAACGAUCAGUUGGAUUUCCUGGAUAUAGGAGUAGCUACAGAAAUAAUUUAUUGUUCUAAAUGAACAAAUCGAUUGUCAAAAUACGAAAAAAAAACUCACGCGAGGAGUUAUCACUGUCACAAUGCUGGUCUGAGUUUUGGCUCGUAAUGUAAUUGGCUGGAGACAAGUCAUUUUGUGGACGGUUAACCAGAGGUUAUGUAAUGCAAGAACUGGGAAUGACAUUUUCCUGUCACAGAGCUGUAAGCAGGAAUUUUGCAUCAGUUUGAGGAGACGGUUUUCUCCCUUCUAGGAUCUUUGUUAAUAUCAACGUCGGUCUUUUUUUAGUGCCCUGCGGCACGCGAUUUUGAUGUCAGACGAGGCUGCUGCUCCGUCGCCAUGACGACCGAGGAGUGUCCCGUGCCGCUUGGCGUGAGCCAGGUGGGGGUGGGGCGGUGCGAGGACUUUGGCUCCUCUCAGGGAGAUGACAUCAUCGAAGAGGUGGGGCCUUGCGAUGACGCAAGCAGCGAUCUCAGCACCUUGGUCGUGCCGUUUCCUGAGUUGGCGCCAGUGGUUUUCUUCUGUCUCAAACAGACCACCUGCCCACGUAGCUGGUGCAUUCGCAUGGUGUUGAGCCCGUGGUUUGAGCGCAUCAGUAUCAUGGUAAUCCUGCUGAACUGCGUCACUCUUGGGAUGUACCAGCCCUGCGAGAACAUCGACUGCACUUCAGAGCGCUGUCAGAUUUUACAGGCAUUCGAUGCAUUUAUCUAUAUUUUCUUUGCAUUGGAGAUGGUUGUGAAGAUGGUGGCUCUGGGGAUCUUUGGCCGUCGCUGUUACCUUGGCGAUACUUGGAACAGAUUGGACUUUUUUAUCGUCAUGGCAGGGAUGGUUGAAUACUCCCUUGAUCUCCAGAACAUCAACUUCUCCGCCAUCAGAACUGUGCGAGUACUCAGACCCCUGAAAGCCAUCAACAGAGUACCCAGUAUGCGAAUUCUAGUUAACCUGCUCCUGGACACCCUGCCCAUGUUGGGAAACGUGCUCCUACUCUGUUUCUUUGUCUUCUUCAUUUUUGGCAUCAUUGGAGUACAGUUGUGGGCUGGACUAUUGAGGAAUCGUUGUUACCCAGAGGAAAACUUCACCCUCACAUCUGGCGUUACCCUUCCCACCCCGUAUUAUCAGCCUGAGGAGGAUGACGAGCGACCCUUCAUCUGCUCGCUGGCUCAAGAUAAUGGCAUCAUGCAUUGCGGUGACGUGCCUGCUCGGCGAGAGGGCGGGCGGGAAUGCUGUCUGGAUAAAGAGGACGCGCUGCACCGUCAAGCCCUGGGCCUCAGCGCAGAGCCGCUGGUCAACGGCAGUGCCUCUGCCAUGGGUCUCUGUGUCAACUGGAAUCAGUAUUACACCCGCUGUCACACCGGACACACCAAUCCUCAUAAAGGUGCAAUUAACUUCGACAACAUCGGUUAUGCCUGGAUCGUCAUUUUUCAGGUCAUCACUCUGGAGGGCUGGGUAGAGAUCAUGUACUACGUCAUGGACGCUCAUUCCUUCUACAACUUCAUCUACUUUAUAUUCCUCAUCAUCAUUGGAUCUUUCUUCAUGAUUAAUCUGUGCCUGGUCGUCAUUGCCACACAAUUUUCAGAGACCAAGCAGCGGGAACACCAGCUAAUGCAGGAGCAACGCGCUCGCUACCUGUCCUCCAGCACGCUGGCGUCACUCGCCGAGCCCGGAGAUUGCUACGAAGAGCUUUUCCAGCUGGUCUGCCACAUCCUGCGCAAGGCCCGACGCCGCUCAGCCGCCCUUUACUACAUGCUACGUGGCAAAGCCCCUCCCCCUGGAGGAGGAAGGGGGCGUGGAAGGGGAGGUACAGGCUCGACAGGUGGAGGUGCUAAUGUUAAUGGAAGGGAAAGACACCACUGCCACUUAGCUCACGUGGCUCACUGUAUUCACGAAAGCAAGUUGGACCGCGGCUCCCAUACCCUAGAGAACGCCAUCUCCCUCACUGUCACUCCGAACCCAGGGGAAUGCCCACAUUGUGCCGCAGCCCUGUCAAUCAAAGAGGGGACGGGGUCGAUGGAUCACUCAGCCAAUGGGGAGGAAGAGGAGAGCGACAGGGAUGAGAGAGAGGAAGAGACAGAGGAAAUGCAAAAGAGGAAAAGCACCUGUUUCGCAAAAUGCAAUGAGCUCUGGAAAGAAAUGACAGUGAAGCUAUGGGGUAUUGUGGAGAGCAAGUACUUCAACAGAGGAAUUAUGAUCGCCAUACUUAUCAAUACUAUCAGCAUGGGCAUCGAGCACCACAACCAGCCCGAUGAGCUGACUAAUGUCCUGGAGAUUUGUAACAUAGUAUUUACCAGCAUGUUUACCUUGGAGAUGAUCCUGAAGCUUACUGCAUUUGGCUGUUUUGCGUAUUUGAGAAACCCCUAUAACAUCUUUGAUGGCAUCAUUGUGAUCAUCAGUGUUUGUGAGAUCAUCGGUCAGUCUGAUGGAGGUCUUUCUGUCCUGAGGACGUUCAGACUGCUGAGAGUCAUAAAGCUAGUGAGGUUUAUGCCAGCUCUACGCAGACAGCUAGUGGUCCUCAUGAAGACUAUGGACAACGUGGCCACCUUUUGCAUGUUACUAAUGUUAUUCAUCUUUAUAUUCAGUAUUCUUGGAAUGCACAUCUUUGGCUGUAAGUUUAGCCUGAAGACAGAAGCUGGGGACACGGUACCCGAUAGAAAAAAUUUCGACUCUUUGCUUUGGGCCAUUGUCACGGUGUUUCAGAUCCUAACUCAGGAGGAUUGGAACAUGGUUCUGUAUAAUGGCAUGGCCUCUACUUCCCCCCUGGCAGCCCUGUAUUUUGUCGCCCUCAUGACCUUUGGGAACUAUGUUCUCUUCAAUCUGCUUGUGGCCAUCUUAGUGGAAGGAUUUCAGGCUGAGGGCGAUGCUAAUCGUUCCUACUCGGAUGACGACAGAUCCUCCUGUAACUUAGAAGAAUCAGAGAAGAAAGAUUCGCUUCAGCUCUCAGAUCCCAAGAUUUCAACGUUGACCCCUAAUGGGCAUCUGGACUUGUCCCCUGCACUCAACGCCAGGGGCCUGUACCCAUCAGAAAGGCUGAGCUUUGCCCUUGGUUCUCGCAAGAGCAGCGUAAGCUCUCUGGGCAGGGCAAGCCUGGAACAGACGACUCUGUGUCCCGGACGAGCCUCUCUGUACCACAACUGGGGGCGGCCCGCUCAACAAGGUGUGUGGAGUCGCAGGUCAAGUUGGAACAGCUUGGGUCGAUCCUCUAGAUACCUGGGGAUGGGCGGAGGCGGAAGUUUAAGGGUCCGCAGCCCUCACUCCCGCCCUGCCGAGCAAGAGUCCCUGCUCUCUCCCCCUCCACCCCCCCUGCAUCCGCCUCUCCUUUCCAGACACUUUGUACCGUGCAGAGAACGGCGGGCCCUCUCUCUGGAGCUUCCAGAGCUGCUGCAGGUUCCCGGACCGGCCUUGCCUCCUCUGCAUCCCCGUCAGCGUAAGAAAAGCAUCUCUGGUGGGGUAGGAGAGCACCAGGAUUGUAAUGGGAAGACACCCUCAGUCCAACCUCAGAUCAUCAAUGAAGUCUACCCUCAGGUCAACACACGCAAGGAGAGGGAGGAUCUGGACGAUGAGCUGGACUAUAGUUUAUGUUUCCGGCUCCAGAAGAUGAUAGAGGUGUACAGACCAGACUGGUGUGAGACCAGGGAGGACUGGUCCGUCUUCCUCUUUUCUCCGCAAAACAAGUUCAGGUUGAUGUGUCAGUCCAUCAUAGCUCAUAAGCUGUUUGACUAUGUGGUCCUGGCCUUCAUCUUCUCAAACUGCAUCACUGUGGCUUUGGAGAGACCCAAGAUACUUCAGGGUAGCCUGGAGAGGCUUUUCCUCACCGUGUCCAAUUACAUUUUCACAGCCAUAUUUGUGGGAGAAAUGACACUCAAGGUGGUGUCCAUGGGUUUGUAUAUUGGUGAGCAGGCGUACUUGCGUAGCAGCUGGAACAUUUUGGACGGUUUUCUGGUGUUCGUUUCUUUGAUUGACAUCGUUGUGUCUAUGGCGGGCGGGGCCAAGAUCCUGGGCGUGCUCAGGGUUCUGAGGCUUCUGCGCACGCUGCGCCCCCUCAGGGUUAUCAGUCGAGCUCCUGGCCUCAAGCUGGUUGUGGAGACUUUGAUCACUUCUCUGAAGCCUAUAGGAAACAUAGUUCUCAUCUGCUGUGCCUUUUUCAUCAUUUUUGGCAUCCUAGGAGUCCAGCUUUUCAAAGGCAAGUUCUACCACUGCUUAGGCCUGGAUGUCAAAAACAUCACCAACAAGUCUGACUGCCUUUCGGCCAAUUACAAGUGGGUCCAUCACAAGUACAACUUUGACAACUUGGGGCAGGCUUUGAUGUCCCUGUUUGUCUUGGCAUCCAAGGACGGUUGGGUCAAUAUCAUGUAUCACGGUCUAGAUGCAGUAGGAGUUGACCAGCAGCCCACAAUCAAUAACAACCCGUGGAUGCUGCUGUACUUCAUCUCCUUCCUCCUCAUCGUCAGUUUCUUCGUCUUGAACAUGUUUGUGGGCGUGGUGGUGGAGAACUUCCACAAGUGCAGACAGCACCAGGAGGUGGAGGAGGCCAAGAGGAGGGAGGAGAAAAGACUGAGGCGCAUGGAGAAGAAAAGAAGGAAGGCCCAGAAGUUGCCCUACUAUGCCAGUUACAGUCAUGUGCGGUUGAUGAUCCACACCCUCUGCACCAGUCACUACCUGGAUAUCUUCAUUACCUUCAUCAUCUGUGUGAACGUUGUGACUAUGUCACUAGAGCACUACAGCCAGCCUCAUUCUCUGGAGAUUGCGCUCAAAUACUGUAAUUAUUUCUUCACCAGCACCUUUGUGCUGGAGGCUGUCCUAAAGCUCAUCGCGUUCGGCUUCCGACGUUUCUUCAAAGACAGGUGGAAUCAGCUGGAUCUGGCUAUAGUUCUCCUGUCAGUCAUGGGCAUCACGCUGGAGGAGAUUGAGAUCAGUGCUGCUCUUCCCAUCAACCCCACCAUUAUACGCAUCAUGAGGGUCCUUCGCAUCGCCCGUGUGUUAAAGCUGUUAAAGAUGGCCACAGGAAUGAGAGCCCUGCUGGAUACGGUAGUUCAAGCGCUGCCACAGGUGGGGAAUCUUGGCCUGCUCUUCAUGCUUCUGUUCUUUAUUUAUGCCGCUCUUGGGGUGGAGUUGUUUGGAGAGCUGGUAUGUAAUGAGGAUUACCCGUGUGAAGGCAUGAGUCGUCACGCUACCUUUGAGAACUUCGGCAUGGCGUUUCUCACUCUCUUCCAGGUUUCUACUGGUGAUAACUGGAACGGUAUAAUGAAGGACACUCUUCGUGAAUGCCCGCCAGGCGAAUACACCUGUAAUCCCAGCCUGCAAUUCAUCUCGCCGCUGUACUUUGUGAGCUUUGUGCUGACAGCCCAGUUUGUUCUCAUCAAUGUGGUCGUGGCAGUGCUGAUGAAACACCUGGACGACUCGAACAAAGAAGCCCAGGAAGAGGCUGAGAUGGAUGCGGAGAUUGAACUGGAGCUGGCCCAGGGAACGCUCUGCUGCAUCGGAGGAGCGGGAGGAGGUGGAGGAGGCGGAGGUGGGGAGAGGACUGGAGGGGGGAUUCAGGCAGCUGGCCCAAGCUCUGCUAUUCAACCUCACUCCCCAAACACACUCCCAGGGACCUGUGAGCCCAACAGUGCCAGGAAACUCUACUCCCCGGCCCAGGAGAACCUGUGGCUGGACAGUGUCUCUCUGCUCAUCAAAGACUCAUUUGAAGGAGAGAUGCUGAUGAUUGACAACCUCUCAGGAUCAGUCUUCCAUCAUUAUUCCUCCCCACCCAUCUGCAAAGACUGCAGGACUCACCCACAAGAGCAGAUCCACAUGGCUGAACUGGAGCAGGCAUCUUUACGGUCAGAGCAGCUCUCAGAUAAGUCAUCUUCACCAGCGCUACCCGAUGACCUCAGUCUGGAUGAACAGAGCGUCUACCAGAUGGCUACUAAGGAGAGCAAGGAACGGAGCUGUGAUGAAUGUCUGACCUCAGAAGAACCAGGAGGGAAAGAUCACAGCAGGUUGCAAAGACCCUGUCGGGUUUACAGCUCCGGGGCCGAGGAAGGGGCGGCGGGGCCUGGUUUUCAAAGUCCGCAUCAAUGUCACAACACACCUGCUCGUCACAGCAUCGGUGGAGUACCCUGUAGCAGUAGUAAUCAAGAGUCCGCCGAAGUCUCUGGAGGUUCGAGUGGCUCUAACACUCCCAUUCAUCUCCCCGCUGAAUUCUUCCACCCGGCAGCCGCGGCCCUCCCUGCUCCCCCCAGGGGCCGACUGGGACACAAACCAAGAGGGCUUCGGCUGACUUCACCAGCCUCGUGGGCUUCUCUGCGCUCUCCUGGAGCCAAUACCAGACUGCUUACCACACAAUAUCCAUCUCACAGUGACUCCUCUUUGGCUACGGGCAGCUCAGAGGGCAGCCUACCCACUACCAUGGAAGAAGGGCUUAGUUUCAUUGCGUCCGCCCCCCAAAACCCCGAGUUCCCUUUGCCCCUGAUAGACACUCUCCUCGAUGAGGGCACUAGCCUCUCCACAGAGACCCUGAGACCCAGCCCACCAGCUGGCCAAAACCUCCACACCACCAGGGGGCACCAGCGUAGCAAGAGCAACUGCGGAGUCAACACAAGUAGGCAAUGCUCCAUCGAUCCUUCUGAUGAGGAUUUUGGGAUGGUACGGUGCAGCUCUAACCAGACUUGUGACAGCCAGCAACUCUCUGAGACCCCGAGUAGCCUUUCUCUCACGUCGUUGCUUCUGCCGAGCUCUCUAGUGCCGACGUCCGCGAAAAAGUGCAACAGCACCGGCAGUUUGGACCUUGCAUCCCAAGAAACGGAAGGAAAGCAUGUUUUUGCUAAAGAGCCGCAGGGUAAUCUCACCAGCCCAUGGAAAGAGAGGAAGGAGGGGGGAAGAGAGAGGCAGUCUGAAGCGACGCAGGGCAAGGACGGGGAAAGUACAAGCCAAAUAACAAUCGUGGGCUCUAGUAAAAAUAGAUGAAACUCUACCUAGUGUUAGUUAUUUCUGAGGCCAACUAAUCUGUCUCUGUUUUUUCAGAGAGCGGUAUGACUUGUGGCUCUCCAUCCAAAAAAAAAAAUCUCUCUAUCUCCCUGUUUUCAUUUGUGACCUGUUACCAUUUUGUAUUUGCUUGGACUGGUUUCAGUAAGCGUCCGACAGGGCCGUAGAGUCACCGGGUGGAGGGAUUUGAGAGAAGCGGUUCAAUCCUUCAGUGCAUGACUAGACACAGAAGGGAUUGUGCACGCAGCUGUCUGUACAACCUGAGCGAUCAUUUCAGGGAGACAAUAAGCAGUAUAGGCAAAGCUUGCCAUAUGCAGGAUCGUGUGAGGAAUUGGGUUGGUAAAAAAGAUCAAUCAAAUGAAUAUAAACAUAUAGAGAGAGAUAGAGAACGAGAGAGAGAGCAACCAGAGAUGAAUAGAGUAAGGAAGUUUUCUUCUGUAAUACAGGACUUAUGAUUCAAUUUGGUAAACGAUUUAAGGACAUGAAAUUUUUUGCAGUUUAUGCAUUUAUUUGUCUGUUUGUUUUCAUGUAGUUGAGGUGAGAGAAAGGCCUUCCACCUUGAAGAUGUGUCCGUCGCAUGCCGUGUGUCUUGCCUGUCUGUCUGAUUAUUUAUUUAUUAGUUUAUUAUUUAUUUAUUUAUUUAUUGUUUUUUAGUAUUAUUAUCAUUAUUAUUAGUUAUAUAUUUAAUUAAAGUGCAAAUGUAGAAAUGUUCUUUUGCAUUGGGAUGAAAGGAAAAUAUCGACAAAAGAACAACGAACAGUCCACUGCAUGACGGAGUCUCUCCAACCGAACAAAUACGAAACCACACCAAGAUGUCAAUAAUGGACGAAAGCAGGACGGUUUUUACAAAGUUUUUAUUUUUUAUUAAUAUGCUUUGGAUUAAAAAAACAGGUGACAUACGUCAGGUUGUCACUUUGUCCUCUCCACAACCCCGAAACAUUUCUCUAUGUGACUUUAUUCCCUGCAAGUGGCUUCCAUUUUUAUAAUUGUGGUUAAGUGGAGGGGACUUUUUGUAUGCUUGAGUGAAAAGGACCAAAGGAUUAAACAAAAAAAAGAGAAAAACUGGACUGUGGAUUACUAUUAACUCUUGGAUAUUUUUUGGAAGGUUGAAAACAGCCAGACAAAGGAUGGUGGGAUCUAAACGCUUGGAGCUUCAACUGUAUGUUGUCCCUUGGAUGGCAUGUCAGAUGAGUACAACUUAAGACUAAGUUAUAUUUAGUGAUGUUUCAUUUGGAUAAAACAGUAAUUAGGUUAAUUGGAUUUGCAACAGAAUUAUUCAUAUGUGAAUUUUCUUUAGCAUGGUUACUGGAUUUCAAUAGGGCACCUCUUACUUAUUAUUCCUCCUCUUUAAAAAACACUCAUUUGAUCUUUACUCCAUGUAGCUCAAGUAGAUUCAAUUGGUCACUGUAUUCAUGUGCAAAUGGAGAAUAUUUUGAAACCAUUAGUAUGACCACUACAAAUACCUAUAGUUGAGCGUGUUGUAGUAUUUAGUACCCCUGUUUUAUUUAUUAACUUAUUUAUUAUUUUACACAAUCCAGGUGAAUUUCAAAAUUAGGCUUGACCUGUUGAUGAACUUCAUUGUCAUUUGAUUGGUUGUGAUGUCUAUACAUGAUUUCUGUACAUUACGUUAGUUGUGUUGUGGUUAAAUCAGGAGCAAGUGCAGGAUUGUCAUAAGCUUGCCUGUUCCACUCACGGUGUUGCCGCUGUAUUAAAUGUUUUUCAGCAGAACACGAUUACAAAGGGCUUACUCACUUUUCGAGGUGUUCUUGGAUCAAUUUUGCUAUUAGUGUGCAUGACUUCAAGGGUUAGUCUGACACUACAGCAAUAAAAAGUAGCUAUGUGUGCCCCAAAUAUACAUAAUGAUGUCAAAGUGAUUCUUUUUUAUAUUUAUAGUAUUUACCCUUCGUAAUGAGAUGCACCGUGACCUAAACAGUCAGUUUUAUCGCUUGCUUUUUUGUCGCACCCGGACAGGACACGGUGUCAUACUGUACCUGCAUGACGUGAGGGCUGAUGAAAUCGCAUUAUAAAUGUCCAAUCAUUUGAAAUAAACUGGCUGCCAAUGAUUCAGAUGAGCAAAUUAAGUUAUUUUGAAAUCUCAGGGCCUUGGAAAAUACCACUACUAACUGCUCUGUUGCCAAGUCGAGGAGGACUGUGUGUUUAAUUUUAAUGUUGAUUUAUUUUUAGAUUAUGACAAAUCAUUAUCAUGGACAGUUUUACAUUACACUCUCAGGAAAAGUACAAACGCUGUCAUUCUAGCUCGCAUGGUAGCUACCCUUUAAAAAUAUCCCAUUUAAGUACAGAUUUGGUACCAAUAUGCCUUUGAGGUACUACUAUGCACCCUUAGUGCUUUCUGAAAGGGUACCAUCCCUGUGACAGCGUUUGUGCCUUUUUCUGAGAGUUUAAUAAUGUGCUUAGCUAUUGGUGACGGUGUAACUUGUUAUGUAGCUUAAUAUGGAUGCACUUAAGAAUGGAUGCAUUUGUUAAGCAUCAUUUCAUAUUUAUGAAAUGUUUAUGUGCGUUUCAUCUUCAUUAACAGUAUAGAGUGAUGGGUGAGGUUUUAUACAAAACUUGAUGUGUCUGAACAUAUGUACAUCCUUUUAUAUAUAUUGAAUUGCAUGUGUGCUAUGACCAAUGCCAAUGUACAUGCAUUUAAAAGGUGUCUAAAGCUUACAUAGGUUUGAUCAGUUUUCCCACCCCUAAGAUCUUCCAUUAGUAGUUGAAUCUGUAUUGAAGUAAACCCACCAUGUUUUAUUGAUAAAACUACUUCUUCACCCAUGAGACAGCUGCGGUCACAGUUUGAACUGGAACAGUUGACUGAUUUCCUUCAUAGGCACCCGUCAAAGCACUGCAGUAGCGUAGAUCAGCAGUUAUGGCGCUUUUUCAUUGCAUAGUACCCCAUUUGUUGGGUCAGGUCAGCUUACUUUUGAGUAAGGUAAGGUGAGCUGACCCGACCUGACCCGUGGAGUACUAAGCAAUGCCAUUAUAUAGAGAUAUAUAUUUGUCGCUUUCUCCAUGUAGCACUGCCCAUGUGAAAAUGUAAAGCCGAUAGGUUCUGACAGUAAGCCUGCUUGGGGAUGACCUUGUGGUGGGUCAGAACGCUCUGAAGUGUUGUUUUUCCACCUUAACAUCUCUGCCCUCCGGCUAACUGUCCUUUAAAUGUCAGCCGCUCCGAAUCACAUCUGCACACUUACAGGGCCACGGUGUCACCAGCCUAGGGAUCUUCAGAAACGUGCUGUUUACAGAUCAUAUCUGAAUCUUUUAUGUUAACAUUUAAAUAAAAAAAUCUGUGCACCCGAAUGGUGAGGUGUAUACAGAUAGGUAGUAUUUCUGUAACUGUUUCUUUUGGAAAGUUAUGGAGGUCGUAUCCUUUCUAUUUGACUCCAAUAAGCUCCGGAUCGUCCUUAUCUAAUCAUUACAGCACUGGGAGAGAGUCUGUGAGAUGUAUGGAGAACCUCUGACACCAUGGCUGCGUCGUUUUUUUAUCUCGGGGUUGAGUAAUUACCCCGUCUGCCUGGAAUAAAGCAAGCGCUAAUCGCUAAGAAAAGUCAUAUGGGUAAAAUAAAAAUGAUUCUCAUACUUCAAGACAAAAAAUUAUCUUUAAUAAUGACCAUAGAGGACAAUAAGAGAUAUACACUUAUGGUGUACUGUUUAGCCUUUCAUGUGUCUCUAUUGUCUGUACACUUCUGUAGGAAAAAAAGAAAUGGUUCAAUUGAUUUGUGGGUGUUGUAUUUUUGGACUAAAUUGCAGCUUGGUGUACUCAAGUGCAGCCCUGAGUAGGUGUGUUUGAGCUCUCUCUCUCUCUUUCUCUCCCUCUUAUUUGGUUUGUUUGGCAGUUACUAAAUCAAGGCACUAACACUCCGUCAUCAGUGAGCACAUCACUUCACACACCUGAAAUAUGGUGUUUUGCUCACGCACACACAUACCAGUUUCGUCAAUGUGACACAAAGCAAAUCGCUCUUGACAUGCCGCUCAAGCUCCAUUACUGCAGCUUCAGCGCAUUUAUUGCAGAUAAGAAAAAGAUGAGAUAAAAGACGAAACAAAAACACGACCCAUAAACAACAGGAACAGAGGACCGAAUGUAAUCAUGUAUGCCUGUCAAUCUUCCCCAGUUGACGCAUUGUUGAUACAAACUGCAUUAAUGUGAGUAAUGUAAGCCUGACCUUACAGACAGCAUAACAGAUGAUACCAAAAAAUCUAAAUUGAAAAAAAAAAUUAAAACUCAUCUAUAUAACAAUCAAAAUUAAAAGGCAUGUCAUGUUGCUUUUAUCAAAAUAAAAACAGGUGUCCAGUUAACAGGUGUCCUCUGCUGUGUUUUGGCACAGAUUUAUUGCAUGUCAGUGAUGAAAGCUGGCCAUCAUUAGCUGCCAAAAAUAUUUAAAAGUAAUAGACAUUUGAAACGGCUGAAUAGAAAAAAUGUAACCCUGUCUUUGAAAUCCAAGUUAAAUUCUCAAUCUAAUUAUGAGAUUUAAAGCAUCAAAGUUUGAUUUCAAUCAUUUGACAUGAUCUUACUCAGUCAAUAUUAAAGAUAUCAAGGUUAUCACAGAAUGGUCUUUACAUUAUGUAGGAUAGUUUUAUAUAUAAAAUAACUUUAGCUUGGUUUUCACAGGCAGGGUCACAAAUUAUUUUUGACUAUGUUAUUUGAAGAAUUUUGAUAAGGAUUGGGCCUAUGCAGUUAAUAGUAAUAUAAAAAAAUAAUUGUAUGUUUGCCAAGCAGUUGCUAUAUAUGAAGAGUUUGGUUCCAAAAUGCAAUAAAUCCAUUUUGACUAAUUUCGGUAAAAAUUAGUUUUCUAUACCAAGAAAGUGAGAAGAUGAAAAACUGUAUUUUCUGUUACAAACUUUCACAUAGCAUCUUUAGGUUAUAUAAACAUAAAAAAUUCAAAUCCAUAAUUUGAUUUUCAAAGAUUUAUUAUAAAAAACUGUUUUUUUCCCACAAAAUGCAAUAAAUCCAUUACUUUUUUUCAAAUGCUAUAAAUCUAUUGAAUCAAUAUAUAAAUGUGCAUUCAUCUUUGCAAUGUUAUAUUCAUUUAGUUGACUAGUGGUACACACUGAUUAAAAAAUAAACACUGAACUAUUUUCACAGCAAUUAGCUGUAAAAUGUUUUAGUCCUGCUUGAUUUUCAUUGGCUUCGCAUAAAAUAAUGGAAAGUUUUUCGUAAGAUCACCUGGGGUCAAUGCAUGACAGAAGCUUGAUGCUGUCAGGAGAACAAGCAACCGGCAUGUUUCCGUCUCCCGAGUGCCUCUCACGUAAAUUAUUAGAUGUUGAUACGUUUCUUCCCCGUCACAGAAAACCACCACAGGUUUAUCAAUGCCAUUAAAGUAUUAUUUUGUUUUUGUUUGUUUGUUUAUCAUGAAGUACAAAGUUGAUGAGGAAAACUAGGAUUCUGUGUAUUCAACGCUCCGCCAUUGUUGUUUACAAUGCGUGGAAUUGUGCGCUGUGAUUUGUUGAGCGGAUUUAUUGCAUUCUGCAGAGAAGGAGGAGUGUGUUUUAUUGUGUUUUGGGAAAAAGGGAGAAAAGAUGACCGAAUCACACGGCGGAUAUUGUAUUUUGCAUAAAAUUAAGAAUUUAUUUUUAAAUACUGACCUGAUACAAUACUGAUUUUGGCUCUCUUUUUUACUGGCAUUUAUUGCGUUUUGGAACCAAACUCUUCAUAUCCAUUUGAUGUAAAAGUUUGAUCCCUGAAACAAAGCCAGUUGACAUCCACUGUCAGCUGUGUUUGUAUUGUAGAUCACCCAGUUUUGGCCUUGAUGUCGAAAGCUGUGUGUUAUGAUUUUAAUUGAGAGAAGAUAGUCUGAUAGUCAUGCACAUGUUGCUUCACAAUUGCUUUGAGUCAGGUGUUAUUAAGAGAUGAGGUCUGAAUUUGGAGCUUGUUUUGUUUUAUUCUCACUGGGGGUACGAGGCCCAAGACUGAAUGAGUCAGAUACAGAUCUGUUUCCCUGUGGACCAUCUUUUCAUUGCUAUGCAGGUUUUUUGGAUAUAACAUAAUUAUGCUUGUGUUACAUUAACCUUCCCAGGCCUGAAUGACAAUUUUCUGUUAAAAACUUUGUAUGCAUGGUAGUGUUCAUCAAUAUUCAUGUUUCGCAAAGCUUGUUAAUGCAAGUUCAAUUUCAGUUAAUCAAAUUCACACUUUGACUCGCAUCUGUUGUUAUGCUUAAUGAUCUACUUUUGCUAAUGAAUAUGGAUCUCUUUUUUUAACCUAAAAACAAACUGUUAAAAUCUUUACCUCAUAAGACUUGUAACCUCCAGAAAUGUAAAAUGAGACAGCAGGAGUUUUAGGUCUAAGAACCCUUCUUGGAAACAAAACAGAUAAUCUUUCUUAGGGGUGAAACAUUACAAAUUCUUUACAUUAUAUGCACUUAUGCCCACAGACAUUUGAUGCAGUUUUACUUACCGCCUGCGACUCAUGACCCGGUUGGGACCACCUCAUUUCAACAAAAUCUAGGGCCCUAUUUUAACGAUCUAAGUGCAUUGUCUAAAGCGCACGGUCUAAAUGGGCGUGUCCGAUUCCACUUUUGGUAAUUAAACGAUAGAAAAAAUGUUUUGUGCACUGAGCGCAUGGUCGAAAAGUGUUGUUCCUAUUCUUGUAAUGAGUAAUGAGUGUGUUUUGGGCGUAACGUGCAAUAAACCAAUGAGAAUCCUAUCUGUCAUCCCCUUUAAAAGCCAUAGUCAUGGAAGUAAAAAAGCAGGCUUUUAAUUGCUGUAAAUGUAUUAAUAUCCUACAUAAUCAUUCUAAUCUCAUAAAAUAAUUUGCAAAUAUGCAAGAAAAGGUUUGUACUCUAAAAAUACAAACAAGAGAUGAAGAAUUUACAAACGUGCGGAAAGCCGAAGUGUUUUCAGCACUCGGACACCACCAUGUUUUUUUAAAGCAUUACUUAAUAAAGGUUCUCAUCUCACCAUAUCCACAAGUACAAAGUCAUCCUAUACAAUAAAUCUGUGGGAAAGCAUUUUAAAAACAUUCAAAAACAGAUGCAUUUGUUUAAAGCAAAGCAAUUAUUUACUUACCAGGCUACAGAUGAAGCAGCUCUUUGCGCCUUCUAAUGUCUCAUAAUCGGUCCUCAUUUAUGUCCAAGAGACUCAAUAAUAAUUUUUUACAUUUUAAUCCUUUAAUUUAAAUAUUUAAAAGCUUUUUUGUGCUGCUACGCAUCCAUGUGUGUGAUAAGCAAACCUGCGUUGUUGUCCCGUUUAUGGGCUCAUAUUACUAACGUGCUCAUUAAAUAACAAAAAACAUAUUGCGCCAUAGACUUUAGACCAGGUUUUAGUUGGUCAAUGGCGUAGUCUAUUUUAGUUGCUUCAAAAUAGCAACGCGCCAACAAUGGUCGCAACAUUGGGCGCAAAUGCAUUUGCUAUUUAAACAACAUGGCGCUAAACAAAUUGAUAACUGCGCUGGGUUAAAACUAGCAAAAGACACAUGCGUCCGGGUGUAUGAUAGUCCCUAGUGUUAAACAAACACACGCACAACUCCCUUGCUACGGCAAAUAAAUAAACUAUAUCCAUUGUUUCCAUAAUGGUGGGAUCUAUGUGAAGCUGAACAAGCUUAAAUUUACCUCACAAACACCACCACUCUUCUUUGGUGACGUUGAUUUCGUAUCAGUUCUUGGUUGGUGUGUGCGUGCGCUAUUCCAGGUAAAGUGCCCAUAUAAGGACUUCCAGUGUACUUCCUGCACUGAAAUUAUUCAUAAAAGAAAUAAAGCAAGAUUGUUAUGUAUGAAUCUUUCAUGUUUGAAAAAACCGUUGCGAAACUUACGAACCCUGGCGAAGUGCAUUCGGCUGUCAUCUGCUUUUUUGACACUUUGGCUAUGUUUAGCAUGAGGAAACAACUCUAUAAAAGUGUUAAUAAGUCAGAAUGAAUGAACUAGCUUUGGACCACCCCUUUAAUUUAAAUGUGGUGAAUACAUCUACUGUUAUAGUGGCAAAUGAAACGCUAUUUGAAAACACUAACCAGAUAAAAAAUCUCUCUCAAGGCUGCUGUGUAAAGCCGAUGAAAAUGAUCUGAAAUCAGAGCCUUUUCUUUCCAGAUAACACCAUUGUAAAUGUAGUAGUUUCAGGCAAUAGAUGAUGCUUGAUGCAACAAUUUGUGUCAGCUUAUUUGUAGAAAAUAGUGUUUUCAACCAAAACGAGCAAUAUGAAAUGAACUCAAAAACAUAUUUCACAAAAACAGGCACACUAGCAUUUAUUUCUAAGCUUUAAUGUUUUCAUCAGUUCAUUGAUGUCUGCUUAGUUGCUGCACGGGGGCUCAGUGCAAGAACAAAUCAUAAUGUUUAUUUCAAGCAUGUCAAAUCAUGUUUGUCUGUUUAUGCUACACUGACAAUAAUUAAGCGGGUAGUGUGUGUACCUGAAGACAUUUAGAUUUCAUCUCUUCAUGCACUUGAUUAUUUACAGGUAUAAUUCAUACAUUUCAAAGACUUGAGUCAUUUACUCACUGUCACUGUGACAAGUGUCGUUUUGUUUCUAUUAAAGCAAAUUUAAUUUGCAAAUGGGUUAAGCUUAUUGGCUAUACUGAUUUCCAGGGCAAAACCCUCAUUGCACUUUGCACAUUCUGUUAAAAUGUUGCAGUAAAUAUUAUUACUCAUUUCCUAAUUGUGCUCUAUGGAAGUACCACACACAAAAAUGCAUUAUACAUACAGGGCUUUCAGUAAAUUUGCUGAGCUGCGAAUUCUUACGCUUGGUUACUCGUGGUUUUUUGGUCGUCUGUGCCAAAGCCUCAGAGAGCAGCCGCUCAUAUUGGCCUGUGUUUAUAUGGUCGUCUUUCCUUACUGUUUGCUAAAUGCCUCCCUAAUGUCGUGACAUAAAACAUCAAUAUCGUCACGCGAGACAUUCUGUUUGAAUGUUAUUUGCGGCUUUAAAGCUGCAUGUGGAUCGCAAUUAAAUCCUUCGCUUUAUUCCUCGAUUUACUCAAUGACAAUCUCAUCUGUUUCUAUUAGUAAGAGAAGUAUUCAUAUACUAUAUGUAAGAGAUUCUACCAACACUGUUUUGCCUGGGCUGACAUUGAUGCAAACAAAAAAUCGCUGUUUAUUCCCAAUGUGUCAUGUAAUAAUGAUUCUGGCUUAUUUGUGAGAGAAAGAAAGGAGACGCAAUGAAAGAAUUUGUCUGUUUUCAUAAACUGAUGCACAGCUACUGAUCUGUCACAACAAAAUGCUCUCACCCGCUCCCUUUCUUGGAAAUGCUUAGCGGCGCGUGGCUGUGGCGUGCGCAUUUCGAGUUGACUCUGACUGCUGGUUCACCCUAGGCAAGGGCCCUCGGGAGUGUAUUACAUAUUUAUCACGACAAUUAGGAAGUCUGCGAGCCAAGGGCCUUUCAAUUUAAAAUGGCCGCGUGCAUUGCUGCAGUCUCUGUACUGCGUGAGCCACAUAUUUUCACAGCGGCUUAUCUCCAGUGUUGCUUUUGUUGCAUGCUUCGUGAAUGCACGAGAGAUACUCGAACCCUCCAUUACAGCCACAAGCUCAGUGUUCUGUACGUCUUCAACAAGAGCUCAGCCACUCCUUUUCACUGUACAACUCCGCUUUUGUUGAAAAUUUCCGCAUGAGAGAGGGUAUGGGUCUGAAAAGCGGUGAUAAGGGUGCACACGUGCAGAAUGCAAGCACACAAACAUCAGACAUCUACAAACCAAGGAUGAAAAUAGCUCUUGUUUGUCUGGGUGACAUAUGCUGUAUAGCCCCAGGCUACAGGAUGCCAGUGUAAAGCCAGCACCUUCUGCACAGGAUGUUAUUGUAGUAUUAUUACUAUAUGCACUUAGCCAUUCAUGAGGAGCAUAAGAAAUUACAGUUAACUAACUGGGUCAUUUUACAGAAAUGUCCACUUUUGGUAUGGCAAGAUGUCUUAAAAUUGAUUUCUUUUAAAUUUAGACCACAUUAUUAGAUUACUCUUUGACUUUAUGAAUACACAAAAAUGACAGCUUAAUGAUUUUUUUUAUUUUUUGUGUGCAUGUACUUAAAGACUGCAUACACAAUGUUUUUGUCACUGGUGUUACCUUACUUUUUUAGCAAUAUUAAAUGUGUUUAUGAAAUAUUAUUUAUGAUUUUUUUCAGCUUUAAAGCUUAAUUCUUAAGUGUAGCAUUUAAAAUUAUCAUCAUGUCACAUGUGAAAGAUUUUAUUUAAUGUGAAAGAAAAAAAACACAGUAACACCACAGUCACUGGUGUUGCUGAUCUUUACUGGUGUUACCCAUAAGGAAGGUAACACCAGUGACAGUUUUCAUGAAAACUGCAUUUAAAAAAAAUACUGCUGCAAAGUAUCAAACCACAUAUACUCACUAAAUUAAGUAGUUUAAUCCAUUUGUAUUCUAGUUUUUUGCAAUUCCCAAACAAUAAAGGAGGUCAUACCAGUGACUUAAACUAAAAGCUUCAUGUGAAAUCAUGAAAUAAAUGAGAAGAUAUCUGAAAACUGAAAAGAGACAGUGACUUACCAUGGACCUCUCUUCAUAGAUCUCCAGGAAAUUGAAUGAAGGAAGUCAAGUGAUGUCGUCAUUGUGAUUUUUAUUUAAAAAUAAGAGCUUUUGUUUAACGGUAAAACCAGUGAGACAACUCCAGGGGACCACUACUUUCAUUAUAUAUUUUAUAUUUAUUUAGCAUUUUGUUUUUUAAUGUAAUUUACAUCAUAUAUUUGAUAGUUAUGGACACAUUAUUGUAUUUUAAAUAGAAGAAAACAGUGUUUUUGAUCUCAAAAUAAAGCAUUUUCCCUCUGUACAUGACUGUGGGGACGAGCACUUCUGUGGUGCUUGGAAUUCUAAUUAAUCAAUAAAAAUCAAAUAUUGCUACAUUGAUGGCUCAAGAAGGUGUAAUUGUUCAAAUAACAUAUUGUUUCAUUUUAAAAUAUAAAAAAUUGUAACCCUAAAGUGUUUUGUCAAGUGUAAUAUUUCUGUAAAGGCUAUGGACAGAAAAAUUGACAUUUCCGUGGAAUGACCCAACUAUUAGAUCAGUGGUUCCCAAACUUUUUCACCAUAUGGCCCCCCUUGUGUACGGUGCAUUCCUUCGCGGCCCCCCAAAGAACAUUUUUGACAAAAAACUGUUCUGAAACUCAACAUUUUAAUAAAAAAACUAGGGAUGCACCGAUAUGGAAAUUUUGGCCGAUACCGAUAACCGAUAACUCUUUAUAUUUGGGGGCCGAUAACCGAUAUAUAUAUAGGCCAAUAAAUAUUCAUAUUAUUUCACAAUGAAAACUCCCAGACCGUGGACAUCUUGUCUUUGCGCUAGACUAGCAUACUCUUCUUAAGCCCGCAACACAUGUCAUCUUCGUGCUAUGUCGCAGAAAGCACCAAUCAAAACUCCACAUGGCCAGCAAUGAGCAAGUGAAGUGGUGCAACAAACCAAAAUAAUCCAUCAUUUAUCGGCUUUCAUUUAUCGGCCUAAUUUUGCUAUCAGACCGAUAACCAAUAAUAUUAAAAAUAAGCAGUUAUUGGCCGAUAACGAUAUGUCGGCCGAUAUAUCGUGCAUACCUAAAAAAAAAAAAAAACAUUAAAUUAUACAAAAAAGUAGUGCUUUUGGUUAGUAGCCUUGUUUUUUUAGGUUCAAUUACACAGAAUUCAUGAUAAAUUAAUGUAUUUCAUAAAAUGUCAUGAAACUGAGACCCCCCUUGCACCAUCUGACGCCCCCCCUGGGGGCCCUGGCCCCCAGUUUGAAAACCACUGUAUUAGAUUGUGGACGUGUACACUGCUCGCUUUUGUUCGUCUACACUGCAAAAAAAUUGAUAUCAUAUCAACAUUUUUAUGUUACUGUAACUAUGAGGAAGUCUUUAUAAAGACAUAAAGCUGAAUACAUAAAAAGAUGCACAACCUGGCAGGCCCCUAAAGUAUCUGAGCCCCUAUUGGAAGGGUCCUACAGUAGUCCCUUUCUACAGUUACAUGAGCAUCUCAUAUUGGCCCUCUGAUGUCUGCUUACUUUGAUGUUUGAGAAGAUAGACAGAAAGGAGGAAUGGAUGGCGAGAUAUAUAAGUGAGAGAGGUAAUAGAGUAAGGAAAAAAAGAGUUUGAGAGAGCAAGAUGAAAGCGAUUCAGACUUAUUAGGUUUCUGUUUGCAUGUGUUUUAUGUAGCAUAAUCUAUAAUGUGAAUCAUGUGGAAAUAUUGAGAUGUGUGGAACAGAUUUUUUAAGUAUAUGGACACAAAAUCAACCAUUCAGUUUCCUCUAAGAUGCAAUUGAAUAUUAGUGUUAUUUUAUUGCACCGGCACAAAAACCUUUAGGAUUGAUUUGAACGCAGACUUCAUGUCCCAUCAACCAACAUUCCUGAUUGACCUCAGUGAUGCUCUAAAUAAGAGUAAAUUCCCAUAGCCAUGUUCAGACAUCUAGUGGAAAGGCUUUCCCAAAAACUGCAAGCUAUUACGGCAAGAAAAUGAUGAUUUGCUAUUUACUGUUGUAACACCAAUAGUUUUUAAAUGUGUGUGGUGUGUGGGUCUUCAGGUUUGUUUGGUCAUGUGGUGUAUUUGAGUUGCACCAGAUUAGAGAUCAAGAUGAAGAUGAUUAUUACUUUUUAACUGUAAGAAGCACAGGCUUUAUAUUUCACAUUCAUUAACAGUUGUUAAAACAAAACUCGUGUAUAUCAACGCUUACAAAAAUGUGAUCAUACGUGUUAGAAUGUGUUAGUGUGAAUUCCAUGUAAAUUCAAUCAUUUUGGAUCACAUUUCGCUUUGGAAAACGCCACCAUAUGAACAUCACAACACUACUGUAUGUUUCACAUUAACAUAAAAAUAGAAAUCCAAGUGUUUCCUCUGUAAGGGAAUGCAACGAUUGAUUCAUUAGAUAUCAAUUAGAAGUCCACACAGGUCAUGAGACCGCAAAUGUCAUACUUUCUUUCUUGAACCCGGGUAGCGCACAGACCAUUAGCUGCCUCAUAGUGUUUACCCAGCAGCCAAUGGAGUGAAAAAUCAAAUGAAAGUUUGAAUGUGUGAGCUGUUUUAUUAAAGAGACACAGAAAGUGCGGAAGCUUAGAUGGAGCAAAACAGACACCAAAAUACAGUAUUUCAAGUGUGUUCAAAUAGAUUUUUAGACGUAUGUAAUGUUUUGAAAAUUGAGAGCACAGAAAACAACUAAAAGCAUAGAUUUGUGCAUGACCAUACAUCGUGUGGUUAUGAUAUUUAAGGGUGCUUUUAUCUCACAAACCACAAGUAGGAGGUACUUCCUAUGAGUAAGCCCAUUCAGAAGAGCUGUCACUCAAAAUCACCGGGGGCGUGGCAUUUCUCACCACCUCUUCUCUGGCUUUCUGCUGCAGUUUCACUGAUUUUAUCAUGUUUGAGAGGCUGUUUAUAUGAGAGACUUAUACAGUAUAUAUACAGUAUAUAUAUAUAUAUAUGUAAACAUAACACUUUAUUUUUGCUUUCUUUGUACUAUAUUGUCCAAAUGAAUCAAUUGCUUUAUUUUCUGUUUAUAUUAAAACCAAACAAAAAGUUGUGCAAUAAUGAACAAUGGGGGAAAAAUACAAGUUGUAAAUUAGUGUAUAUAUUCAGCCUGGUGGCAAUAAAGAGGUGACUUCCAAAAAGUUUGGAAUGAUUUGACGGAGAACAGAGACUGAGGCGUCCUGUCCUCUUUCACCUUUGUACAUGUACCACCGGUCCUGCUUAAGAUUUCAUUGUAAAAUGUAUUGUAUGAAAUAAACUUUAAGAUAUUGAGACUUUACGAAAAACGUU